AUGGAAAGUGGUAAUAAGAAAAGAAUAGACACUUAUGAAGAGAAUGAAUGGAUAGAAAAAGAAGGGGGAAAUAAUUUUGAGGAUAUUAAAAAUGCAGAUUAUUCUGUGAGUUCUAAUAUAGAAGAUGUAUUAAUAUCUAAUAGAACUACAGAAAAUGAGAAUGAAGAAAUGACAGGUGAAUAUAUGUCUUCAUCAGAUAUUUCUAUGAAAGGAGGUGAAAAAAAUGCAUAUAAAAGAGUAAGACAUAAAGAGAUAAAUAAGGAAGAUAUUUCUAUAGGUAACAAUAAUAAAUGUGUAAUAAAUGAUAAUCAUGUUGAUAAUAAUGAUGACCAAUAUGAUGAUAAUCAUAUUCAUAAUAAUGAGGAGGAGAAUAUUCAAAGUGUAAGUUUUAUAGACCCUGAAGCGACCCCAGAAAAAAUGAAUAUACUAAUAAGUAACAGCAAUAGUUAUAUAAUGAAUGAUAAUAUACAUACUGAGAGUAAUCAUCAUAAUAAUAUAUACAUUGAUCAUAUUCAUUUUGAUAACAUAUAUAAUAAUAAUAAUGAAAAGAAUACAAAAGAAUCAUAUGAUAAGAAUAAAUUAUGUGUCAUAUAUAAAAAUCAAAAUGAAAGUCAAAAUACAAAUCACAAUAUUAAUACAAAUCCAAAUUUUAUUUCAAAUGAUCAAUUUAAAGAAACUAAAGAUGAAUCAAAUAAUAAUCCAGUAGAUGAACUUAUGAAAGAUAUUAAAAUAUUUAACAACUCUAUGCAAUCCAUAUCGUCAACUAAUAAUUUAUCAUUUCAAAAAAAUUUAUCUAAAAUGUAUUCAGAAUUGGCUUCUAAUAAAAAUCUAGAAUCUCUUCACAAUUUAUUUAAGGACACCUCUUUUGGGGGUAAUAUGGAAAAGGCUCAAUUUCUUAAAAAUAUUUUAUUGGCUAGCUGCCUACCUCAAAAUGGAAUAAUGGGUAUUAAGAAAACUGAGGAUUCAAUUAAUAAAGAUAUUGAAAAUAACAAAGAAGUAGUAAAUAUAAAUAAUAAAGUACCUAUUAGUGAUUCAAUAAAUAUACAAGACUCAGAAUAUAUUAACCAAAAAAGAAGUUCAAGUUAUAGUUCAAAUGAAUAUAUAGAAGGAUUUAAUAUAACAAAUUUGAGUGAAUCUCAAAAUUUGAUAUCUAACAUUGAACCCACAGCAGUAGUAAUGUAUUCGUCACCUGCUAAAAAUAACUUAGAUGUAAAAGAAGGAGAAGAAAAUAUGGAAAAAAAAGAAACAAAAAAUAUAUUAGAAAACGUAGAUGUAAAUACAAAUACAAAUGAUUGGAAUAUAAAAGAUGAUAUAAGUCCAUUAAAUUUAAACCAAUAUAAAGAAACAUCAAUGAUUAAUAUGUGGAAUAAAUCAAGUUCUAAAAAAAAUAUAUCUUCUAACGAAUGGGCUAAAAUGAAAAAAAGUUUUUGUAACAUUGAAAAUAAUUUAAUAGAUUAUAAUAAAUUAAAUAAGACAAAUAGUGAAAAUAAUAUAGAAGGAAUACAAAAUGAAAUUAUUGAUGAAGAAAUAAAAAAUAUAGAAACUAGUCCAUAUAUGAAUUAUUUAUCUAAUGACAAUAUUAUGACUGUCAGAAAUACAAAUAUAUCGAAUGAACCGUUUCCUGCAUUGGAUUAUGUAGAACAAAUGGGUUCUAAUGAAACUAUGUUCAUUGAUAAUUUUGAGAAGUGUCAAGUUGCUAAGGAGCCUACUUCUCCUUUUUUUCAUUUAUAUAAUAGUAAUGAUUCUUCAAAGGUAUCAUGCAUGGGUCAAGAUAAUAAUGACAUAAAUGUGGAUAAUAUAAAUAAUAAGAUAGAUGUGAAUAAUAUAAAUAAUAAGAUAGAUGUGAAUAAUAUAAAUAAUGACAUAUACAUAGAUAAUAUUAAAAAUAAUAAUAAUAAUGAUAUUGAUAAACAUACAAGUGUCUAUAAACAUAUGCCUACAAAAUGCCAUAUAAAUAAUAUUAGUCCAAGCAAUGCAGGUGAUAGAAGCAAAUUGAGUUCUCCCGCUUUGCAAUCAAUGAAAACGAAGAUAAGUAAUACACAUUUAAUAACAAAGGAAGAAGAGGUAGGUGCGUCUUUAAAGAUAUGUAAGAAUGAAUUCACAAAAUUAGAACAUUCAAAAGUAAAUACAGUAAAAAUAAAAUCACCUAAAAAUGUGAGUAAAGUGUGUCCAAAUAAAAACGCAAUAAAUGUUCCUAAGGUAGUUAAAGUGAAAAAUAAAACUAAUGAAAAUGUAAAAACUCCAAAGAUAACAAAAAGGAAUAGUGACAAUACAUCUGGUAGGGUUGAUCAGAAGAUGAAUCAUAAUAUUAAUAUAAAUAAUAACAAUAAUAAUAAUAAUAAUAAUAAUAAUAAUAUUACAGUAAAUAAUAAUGUUAGUGUGAAUAACCACAUUCAAACUCAUGAGAUUAGUAAUAACCAUGGAGGUAGUAGCAGUUCGUCCCCUCCUGUUCAUCAGAAUGGAACCUUGACUAAUAAUAUAUGUGUAAAGAGUAAUAAGAAUGAAAAGAACCCAUCUGUUGAAAAAGAUAUAACAUAUAAUAUGAACGUGGUGAUUAGAUGUAGACCUAUGAGUAUGAGUGAAAAGAAUGAUGGGGCAAAAAAUGUAAUAAAAAUUUUAGAUAACAAAAUGGUAGUAUUAUUAGAUCCAUCUGAUAAUAGUGAUAAUGUAUUAAGACAGAAUCGGAGUAGAGAAAAGAAAUAUGUAUUUGAUUAUGUCUUUGAUGAAAAUAGUUCUCAAGAAGAUGUAUAUAAUAAUAGUGUAAAAUGUUUAAUAGAUGCAGUAAUAAAAGGAUAUAACUCAACAGUAUUUGCUUAUGGUGCUACUGGUGCUGGUAAAACACAUACAAUAAUUGGAUAUAAGAAUGAACCAGGCAUAAUGAUGAUGAUUCUAAAGGAUUUAUUUGAAAGAAUAAAAAUGUUGCAAAUAAUGAAUGAAUAUAAAGUGAAAUGCUCAUUUAUUGAAAUAUAUAAUGAAAACAUAUGUGAUUUAUUAAAUCCUUCUAAUGAAUAUUUAGAUGUAAGAGAGGAUCCUAUCAAAGGAGUAACUGUUUCUAAUAUUUUUGAAGUAUGUACUACAUCUGUAGAAGAAAUAAUGGAAUUGAUUCAUACAGGGAAUCGAAAUCGAACCCAAGAACCUACAGAUGCAAAUAAAACAAGUUCAAGAAGUCACGGGGUAUUACAAGUAAUAGUUGAAGAAACUGAAAAGGGUCAAGGUGUAUAUCAACAAACAAAAAGAGGAAAAUUAUGUGUUAUCGAUUUAGCAGGUAGUGAAAGAGCUAGCCAAACCAAUAAUAAAGGAAUGAGAAUGUUAGAGGGUGCAAAUAUUAAUAGAUCAUUACUAGCCUUAGGAAAUGUAAUCAAUGCAUUAGUACUUAGAAGUAAAGGAAAUAGUAAAUCGAAUUUUAUUCCAUUUAGAGAUAGUAAGUUAACAAGAUUAUUAAAAGAUUCAUUAGGAGGAAAUUGCAAAACGGUUAUGAUAGCAAACAUAAGUCCAUCACACUUAUCAUAUGAAGAUACACAUAAUACAUUAAAAUAUGCAAACAGAGCAAAAAAUAUAAAAAAUGUCGUUACAUCUAAUUCGAUAGUGGUAAAACAUCAUUUGACAAUGUAUAUUGAUGUCAUUGAAAAAUUAAAAAACGAGAUUGAGUUUUUAAAAGAGCAGUUGAAUGAAAAAGAGAAGAUGCAUGAUUAUAUGAGUACUAAUUCGACUAAUUAUGAUUAUUAUGAUCAAUUGAAGGAUUAUGAAAAAAAUUGUUCAAAGGAGGAGUUAAUACAUAUAAUAGCUAUGUUAAAAAAGGAGAACCAGCGUUUGAAGAUGUGUGACCCGCAAGAUGGAGGAAUGAACAAUAAUAAUAAUGAUGAUAAUAAUAAUAAUGAUGGUGAUGAUAAUAAUAAUGAUGGUGAUGAUAAUAAUAAUGAUGGUGAACGUAACAACAUCGUGAGUGAUCCUUUUAAUCACAAUGAAUAUAAUAAUAGUUCUAAAUUAGAAGAUGACAUGGUAACAAAUAAACAUAAUGAAGAACUAGCUAAAUAUAAAGAAGAAGUAAACAAUCUUAAAAUGAUGAAUGAGAAAUUAUUUAUUGAUAAUAAAAACUUUCAAUUGAAGUUACAAGAAUAUGUAAAUAUAUCUAAGAAUUUAAAAACAUUAAAUGAGGAAUAUAAAAAACAAAUAGAUGGGUUCAAAAGUAUGGUGCACAACCAUGAUAUGAAUCAUAUUCAAAUAAAGAAAAAGUUGGACGAUCUAAAAAAAAAAUAUGCCCAGCUGAAGGAAAGCACCGACGAUAAAGAUAAUGAAGACGUCCUAGAAAAGUGGAAAAAUGAAUUAACUAAAGCAACAUAUUACAAAUUAUUGUCUAUAAAUGGGUACUUAUAUUACAUCACGAAUUUGCUAUUAAAUGAACGUAAGAAAAUCAAAAUGAUAAUAUUGGAUAUAGAGAGGAAGUUAAUACAAAAUAAAGAAAUUGGGACACAUAAAAUAUCGGAAGAUGAUAUAAAAGUGUUACAAGAAAAUAAGAUGGACCACCAGCUAAAACUCAACAUUCUUCAGACAAACAACUUAAUAAAAGACUUACCUAUAAAAAUAAAAGACGAUAAGAUGAAAAAUUUUCUGUAUCUUUUUUAUACUAACAAGGUAUUGUUGCAAGAAAAGGAGGAGUUACAGGAUUUUUUUGAAUUAUCCUCUACAAUCAUUAAACAAAAAGAAAAACAAAUUGAAGAUUUAAAAGGACAGCUAAAGGAUAUAAAUGUUUCGAUAAUGUCAAAGAAAUAA